GUUCGUUUUGGACGCGGCAAACCCCUUUCGCCUUCUCGCUCCCCAAAAAAACUGACCGUUUGUUGCAGAACUUCCAAGUGGACUCGCAUGGCGGAAUUGGUCAACGUUCACAUCGAAAUUCAGGCUCAAAUUUAGGCGCCGUUUACAGCUCCAAUUACACCCCAUCACCACUCUCCAUUACACGCUUUCCCAGCAUGAACGCCCUAGCUGCUACCAAUCGCAAUUUUCGCCAUGCCGCGCGAAUUCUAGGUCUGGAUUCCAAGAUCGAGAAGAGUCUUUUGAUCCCUUUCAGAGAAAUCAAGGUUGAGUGUACGAUCCCCAAGGACGAUGGGAGUUUAGUGUCUUAUGUGGGGUUUAGGGUUCAACAUGACAAUGCCCGUGGCCCCAUGAAAGGAGGGAUCAGAUAUCAUCCUGAGGUCGACCCUGAUGAAGUAAAUGCUCUGGCUCAACUAAUGACAUGGAAGACUGCUGUAGCAGAUAUUCCUUAUGGAGGUGCAAAGGGUGGGAUUGGAUGCACUCCACGAGAAUUAAGCAGGAGCGAGUUGGAAAGGCUGACUCGUGUAUUUACUCAGAAGAUCCAUGACCUCAUUGGUAUACAUACUGACAUUCCAGCACCAGAUAUGGGCACAAAUGCGCAGACUAUGGCCUGGAUUUUGGAUGAGUACUCUAAGUUUCAUGGUCACUCACCAGCAGUCGUGACGGGGAAGCCUAUAGACCUUGGUGGUUCCUUAGGUAGAGAUGCUGCAACUGGGCGUGGUGUUGUUUUUGCUACAGAGGCUUUGCUUGCAGAGCAUGGAAAGAAAGUCAAAGGUCUAACAUUUGUUAUACAGGGAUUUGGCAACGUGGGAUCUUGGGCAGCAAGGCUCAUCCAUGAAAGAGGAGGAAAGGUUGUUGCAGUGAGUGAUAUCACUGGCGCUGUGACAAAUCCGAACGGGAUUAAUAUACCCGAUCUUAUUGAGCACAAAGGAAAGACCAAUAGUCUAGUAAAUUUCCAAGGUGCAGAUGGCAUGAAUCCGAACGAACUUCUAGUUCAUGAAUGUGAUGUUCUUAUCCCAUGUGCUUUAGGUGGAGUUUUGAACAGGGAAAAUGCUGCUGGCGUGAGAGCAAAGUUUAUUGUAGAGGCAGCUAACCACCCAACUGAUCCAGAAGCAGAUGAGAUCCUAUCUAAGAAAGGAGUCAUAAUACUCCCUGACAUCUACGCGAAUGCUGGUGGAGUCACCGUUAGCUACUUUGAGUGGGUUCAGAACAUUCAGGGCUUCAUGUGGGAUGAAGAGAAGGUGAACAAGGAGCUUCAAAGGUACAUGACAAGAGCUUUUUAUAAUAUCAAAAGCAUGUGCAAAUCACAUGAUUGUAAUCUUCGUAUGGGUGCAUUCACUUUGGGUGUCAAUCGUGUGGCACGAGCCACGCUCUUGAGGGGAUGGGAGGCCUAGACAUACAUGAACCCUUCUUCUUUUAAGUGCUUAGAUUAUCAGCACUUACUGCAUGCUGAAAUUAGUGUUGAAUAAAUUUAUUGACAUUACUUCCAAAAAUUUAGUAAAAUUUAUCCACAGUGUUUAGCUUGAGGAAGUUUUUCUUAAA